CUUUUUUAAUAUAUGACUAAGCAAAAGUUCUGAAAUAAGAAACUUGGGUUCAUAAAAGAAUAUGCAUAUUUUAUAUGUACAACAAUUACCUUUUUACUUAAGCUGAAAGCAAAUUUCAGAUUGUUGAGAAUUUCCCAGAAAAGGGAAAAUCCAGAUAGGAUCCAUUUAACAUUGCCUGUCCCGGUCUGCCCCACUGACUCACUGAUGGGCCUGUUGAGCUUGGUACCAAGUGCUGAGUGACAAAUGGGGACAUGCACGACUGGCUUUGGCUGCCCCAGCCAGUCGCAAGACAGCCAAGUACCCAUGCCAAGUGGCAUGGAGACUCGGCGUGCUGCAAAGCUGCUUACCCAGCAGGAGCAUGGGACCUCACCCUGGCAGGGGCUGAGCAACCCCAGAGGUGCUGAGCACUCUUUUCCCAGCUCAAGUCCAGCCCUGGGAGACGCCAAGCACCAUGCAGCGCUCAGCAGGCUCAGGAGCACACCGGUGGUAUUGCACUUUUGGGGGUGAACUGUGUACCCCCCUCCCAGCUUCAGUCACAGAGCAGAAGGCCACUAACUUCUCCUUGCCCUUUAAGGGGGGGUUCAGAUGUCCCAAAGACACGAGGAGGCACUUAACAACACCUGUGCUGCAGAACAGACAGCAAAGUGGGGAACCUUCUGUGUUUUCUUUGUCCCCUAAAAACUCUGCUCUUGCUAUCAAAAACGAGGCCAGAAGAGAGCUGUGCAGCACAUCCUCUCUCUCCUUCACUACCUGCUGUUUUGAGCAGCUCUCCAGUUUCUCUAACACUCUCCCUCUCCACCGUGUCAGCGAGAGCACAGCCCAUUGGAAGGGAAAGGUAUGGCAUGAGGAGGCUUUGCAAUUGGUAGAGGCAGAAAAUCUUUCUCCUCUGCUUCAGAUAUUCUUGCAGCCUCGUGAAUAAAGCACUACUUUUCCCCCAAAUUUAAUAUAUCUCUUUAGUGACAGCCCCAUUCUGCUCUGAGCGCUUCACUUCUGUGAACAAUGUGCAUGGAACUCACUCCUUUGUGCCUGGAAGUAAACAAAUGGACUACUAAUUUAAAUGAAUGAUUUUUAAAUUCCGUAUUCUUUAUCGUAAUAUUCAUUUAGUUCUUCUAUUAUACAGGGUGCAAAGAGAAAACUGGAAGUUGCUUUCAAAGCAAUGAUAAGUUACCAUUUUAAUGAUUCCUUAUGUUGUGAGUAAUUUAUAAAUCACCCGGUAUCUUCUCAGCAAAGCUUGCCUCUGUUUUUAAAACGUACCUUUUUGUAUCCAACAAAGGGUUUCAGUGCAAUAAGAAUUAAGGUGUGUCUCUUAGCUUUUACCUGCAAGCAAUAAUGAUGUUGUCAAGCAUUUCAGGUGAGACCAGCCCAGGAUUUUGGGGUGGGGAAAGACACUCUGUUAUACAGCAUCUUCAGUUCUUCCCUCAGAGGGAGGCAGAGACACCUUGAAGGGCUGAGUAUAAGGACAUGUACAGAGUGUCUUUUUAAAUAGUCACCAGAGCUGGGGGGGGAGGGGAACAGGAACAGACUUGUAACCAUAACUCAGUUGGACUUGUUUCUGAGAAGUCAGAUGCCAUGGAUUGGCUCCCUCACCGAACGGCUGCUUUUCUGUUCCUUUUGUUGGUACUCUUGGAUUUCAGCACAGGAUUUCAUGUAGAGGUAAUAUACAUUUAUUUAGAAACUAUUUUUCUGAUUAAACAAAAUGUAACAGAUGAAAAAAUCACAUGGAAAAUACUCAACUAAGACACUUCUGUACCUGAAGAUUGAAAACAUAUUUAAAUAUUAAACAGCUGCAGGUAAUAACCUGCUAACCCUCUCAAAAGAAAUUCACCUAAAUCUAAAUGAGUAUCUCAUACAAAUGAGUAAUUUAAAAAUAAACAUGUACAGUCAUAGAGUUUGGGGCCCACAGACAUGUAAAAAAGCACAUGGUAAAAAAUCACAUGGUCUACAAAAAUCUCUUUUCUUCUUACUGUUGGAAAUUAUAAUUCUCUGUAUUUAUUUAAAAUGGAUUGAGGUCACAUGAUACUGGAACUCUCUGUCAAAGGUAAAAGAAUGGGAUGAAAAUGGAAUGGCAAGAUGGAAAACCUUUAGAAGACAAAAACGUGAAUGGAUCAAAUUUGCUGCAGCCUGUAGAGAAGGAGAAGACAAUUCCAAGAGGAAUCCAAUUGCCAGAAUCCGAUCUGAUUGUGAAGAAAACAAUCCAAUCACAUACAGCAUCUCUGGAGUUGGAAUUGAUCGUGCACCCUAUGGAAUAUUUGUUGUCAACCCAAGAACAGGAGAAAUUAAUAUAACAUCAAUAGUGGAUAGGGAAAUAACACCAGUAUUUGUUAUACGUUGCUUUGCUAAACACUCAGUGACCGGUAUAGAUUUGGAACCACCUCUUGAACUUCGAGUCAGAGUCCUGGAUAUAAAUGAUAACCCUCCUGUAUUUGCACAAACUGUAUUUACAGGAUCUGUUGAAGAGAGCAGCAUGGACAACACACUGGUGAUGAAAAUCAUUGCAACAGAUGCGGAUGAACCUAACCACUUGAAUUCUAAAAUUGCCUUCAAAAUAGAAAGUCAGGAACCUUCUGGUCCACCCAUGUUCAUUAUGAAUAAAUACACAGGAGAACUCCAUCUUGCAAAUUAUCUUGAUAGAGAGCAACAUAGUAGCUACACUCUGGUUGUGAAGGCAUCAGACCGGGACGGGGCUGCAGAUGGAAUAUCAUCCCUUUGUAGCUGUAACGUGAAAGUUAUCGAUGUUAAUGACAACUUUCCAACUCUUGCUCAAAGCUCUUUUUCAGCAAGUAUUUCAGAAAAUUCACUCAGUUCAGAACUGCUACGAAUACAAGCUCUGGAUGCUGAUGAAGAGUUUACAGACAAUUGGUUAGCAGAGUUUUUCUUUAUAUCCGGUAAUGAAGAUAACUGUUUUGAAAUUGUUACAGAUCGAGCUACAAAUCAAGGAAUCCUUAGAGUAAUUAAGGAGCUGGAUUUUGAACAUAUGCGAACUCACUCACUGAUGAUUGGCGUCAGGAAUGUAGCUGCAUUUCACCACUCUGUUGCACAUGAGUACCAAAUAUUUGGGACACCCCUCACAGUAGAAGUAAAAAAUUUGAUUGAACCACCAAGAUUUCAUCCAUCUUCAGUUGUGUUUUCCCUGGCAGAAGGUGCAAGAGUGAAUUAUGUUGUAGGAACAUACACAGCCAUGGAUGAGGACACUAGAACCAUUGCAUCAAAUGUCGUAUAUAGUAUAGGACGUGACCCAGCUGCCUGGUUCAGAAUCAAUCAGAACACUGGUGAAAUCACACUGAACAAAGUUAUUACCCGGGAUUCCAUCUAUGUGGUCAAUGGGCAGUACCAAGCAGAGGUUCUGGCUAUCACCAGAGGGGUUCCUCGAUAUACUGCUACUGGCACCAUUGUGCUUUCAUUAGAUGGCAUCAAUGCCAAUUGCCCAACUAUUAAUACUGAAAUGAGGAAAGUAUGUAUGAAUUCCCCAUCGGUGAUUAUCUCAGCAAAGCAUAGGGAUGGUGAUCUCUAUGCUACCCCCUUCACAUUCAGCAUACAUGGUGAACCCCAGACUACAUGGAUUAUCAGACGAAUAAAUGAUUCCUCUGCAGAACUAGUGGGCCAGAAUAUAGACUUUUACCUUUACAGGAUCCAUGUUGUUGUAAGGGAUAGCCAAGGGCGGCGCUGUGCUCGACCACACAUAAUUCCUGUGCAAGCUUGCCAGUGCGAUAGUCGGAACUACUGCACCAGUGGGGCCACAAGAAUAAUUAUCAUUGGUGGUGGUGGUGGUGGCGCUGGUGGUGGUGGUGGCACUGCUGGUGGUGGUGGUGGUGGCACUGGUGGAGGAGGCCGGGAAGAGGGAGGACAACAAGGUGGUGGUGAUUAUGGCCAGACUAGACCUGGAGGAGGAGAUUUUGAGGACCACACAGAAUGGCAGGGUUAUACUGAUGGCUACGAAGGAGGUGAGGAUGGAUAUACUGCUUCCACUGAUGAUGGUUAUGCUGGAAAUGAAAAUUAUGGCAGGCAAUUCGAAUCAAACACCACACUUAGUGCUGCUGCCAUUGGCCUGAUGUUCCUCGGUGGAUUAAUAUUUGUUUUGAUUCCAAUUUUGAUGUCAAUGAGCGACUGCUGUGGCUGUGGACCUGGUGCUGCAGGUGGAGUUGGAACUGGAUUUGAACCUGUACCUGAAUGUACAGAAGGGGCAAUUCAUCCAUGGGGAAUAGAAGGUGCACAGCCUGAAGACAGGGAUGUCUCGCACAUUCUUGCCCCAACAACCGCUGCAGGAGGUGAUUUUGGUGAACCUUCUGAAAUAUAUAAUAACACAUAUGGAGGAGGAGGAGUAGUAGCUUCUGGUGUUGAAGAAACUACAGGUGUUGGCUACGGCACUGGCACUGGCUAUGGAACAGCUGGAGGAAUUUCUGGAACAGGGGAAGCAAAAGGGUCAAUUGGAGGAACAAUAAAAGAGUAUCGAGAAGGAGGAGUGAACAUGGCCUUCCUAGACAACUAUUUCUCUGAGAAAGCAUUUGUGUAUGCAGAUGAAGAUGAAGGUCGGCCAGCAAAUGACUGCCUAUUAAUUUAUGAUCAUGAAGGAGUCGGUACUCCUGUUGGCUCCGUGGGUUGCUGCAGCUUUAUUGGAGAAGAUACAGAUGAAACAUACUUGGAUACAUUAGGACCAAAAUUUAAGACCCUAGCAGAGAUCUGUCUGGGCAAAGAGAUCGAACCUUUCCCUGAUGCUAACCCACCCUGGCCAGGCGUCAACAUUCCCUUCCCCAGUCCUGAGAGUGAUCUAAACCUCCCGCCACCGGGCACCACCAUCGUUGUCAAUGGAAGUGCACCUAUGCCUCCCCCCGCUGGCACUACAACGGUUGUUACUGAAAACACCUACACAUCUGGGACAACCAUACAGCCCCCAAGGCCAAUGCCGGAUCCCUUGCUCCAUGGCAACAUGACGGUGACCGAGACCUACACCUCCAGCUCGCCCUCUCUUUGUGUUGACCCUCUGCGUGCAUCCAACGUCGUUGUGACAGAGAGGGUUGUUGGGCCUGCGUCUGCCUCUGAUUUGCGCGGCAUGCUAGAUAUCCCAGAUCUCACAGAGGGCUCCAACGUUAUCGUCACGGAAAGAGUAAUCGCGCCUAACUCCCGACUCCCGGCAUCUCUGAGCAUUCCUGAUUUGGUAGAUGGGUCAAAUGUUGUAGUGACAGAAAGGGUGUUCAGGCCUGCCUCCGGCAUGCCGGGCAGCCUAAUAAAUAUUCCCUCAGAGUUAUCCAAUGCCCACAACGUGGUGGUCACAGAGAGAGUAGUGUCAGGGGCUGGGAUGAGCAGCCUGGGAGGAACAAGCCUGGGAGGAGCAAAUCUGGGGGGCCUGAGCAGCACAGGUCAGAUGCUCAGUGCCGAAUGUCAUCUUGGUCAGGGAAUGGGCACAGCAUCUCCAGGCACCUCCCGGAGACGAGUGACAAAGUACAGCACUGUGCAGUACUCCAGUCAGUAAGGCCUCUGCUGGCACCCCUUCCUGCUGAAAUCGCCAUUUGCACCAACACUCAUUAGCUGCCACCCAUCAAGAAUAUUGUUAUUAUUUAUAACUAAGAAAUAGCGCUAAAAUUUCAGGGGUUCCUGCUUGUGUAAGGAUCUCUGACGGGUGCCCCAUUUUGAGGUCAAAUGCACUUUGUCAGUGAAGGGAAAAUACAAGCUAGCUUUAAAUUUCUUUCUUUCUCUCCACCUAGCACUGAAAGUGUAUAAAGAGACUAGUAUUUUUGGAGAGAUAUCUGAUUACCGAGGAGAGCACUGAGAGGGGAUCCUUGUGUGCACACAGCAUGAAUUAACGUCGUACAAAAGCAUGUUAAUAUUGUGUACAGCUGAGUGAUCUCUCACAAUAAGCAGAUUUGGGUUAAUAGGCCCUCACUGACAAGAGAGGAAAAGAAUGUAGUUAAUAAUUAGUCAACUCAAGACUAAAUAAGCACUUUCAAACGCAUCAUUUUACUUUGUAUGUAAUUCAAGAAGCGCUACAAAACGGCACUUUCAACCAUUUCUCCCAUCACCAACAAUAGUUAUAAAUAAUAAUUAUAUAAACAUAACACACCUCCAUUGCUUUCUGAAGUUCUCAGUAAACAAACACCCUGACACAGCCUACCAUACUGUUCCUGUCAUGGUGAGGAGCGAUUUGUCACAGCUGGUGCUGCCACAUUGACACUGUCACCCAAGAAGAUGUUGGCUUCAUCCUUUCUCCAUUGCCAUUACGGCUUUGCUUAAAUCUAAAAGGACUUCAGUGACAACCAGGAACUCUUAGUCAGAUUUUUGUGCCAAACUAUGACUACCAUUUAAAUUGCCAGUGUCAGGUUUUAUUAAGAGGUCUAUUAUAUACUGUGCCAAUUCUCAUCUCACAUACUGAUAAGAAAAGAAAAUCUUGGAAGCUUUGUGAUGUAAGGAGGCAAUAGCAAGUAUCAUAUUACUGACACUGGUAGCAGAAGUCUUCCUGAAAAGAAAAAAACACUUGGAAGCAAUAUAAAUUUGCUAAUAAGCAAUGUGGAGAAUUUUUAUUUCAUAUGUCAAUGUAUUUUGCAUUGAUAUUUUGAAAGUUUAUUUGAAUGUAUUAAUUGAAAAAGUCUUUAUGAGUUUAUAAACUUAAUUAAAUCUGGCUUUUAUUUUCCCAGAAAAACAGCUCUGCUGGACUCUGUUAUUCUAAUAAUACCUUAACAUGUCUUAGAAUAUGAUCUGAAGGACCAAAAUACUGAAAUAUAUCUUUUAUCUCAUUUUAUUUCUGUAUCAUAUGUAUAGUAACCAUAGCACACCCAACAUUGCUUCAGUGUAAAUAAAAUACAGUUAUAGGGAGGGACUAGCUAUUUUUGCUAGACCACCAAAUCCGUAGUUUUACUGCAAAUUUUGCUUCUUUGGCUUUGACAGAUAAGUUAGUGAAAAAUUUAAGAGUUGUCUGUGAACCUCCCACUCUAUAAAAUGGAAAAGAAACUCAAUUGUGUAUCCAGACUAACUUACCUCAGAAGGAACGGAUUACCAGUUUCUGAGUCUGAUACCAAGAAAAGAUUUCUUUAAAGAUGUUUUUGGAAAUGCAACUAGAUUUACUGUCAACCACAGCCUGCAGUGCCCCCUGAGUCAAUGCCACUGUCAACAUCAGUAAUCCCUAGGAGUCAUGACCAAAUCCAAGGCUACCUCCAGGAAAGGUCCCUUCCAUAGCUUCAGGGUCUUUUCUACAGCAACUGAACAUGCUAGAUGCUCUCCCCAUAAAAUCUGACAUAUUGCUGGUUUUGCUUCUAUCUGUAAUCUUGAUUAUCUUAAAUAUCACUAAAAUUGCAUUGACUUCAAAGGGAUUAGUCUUCCCUAUAAGUUAUGUACCAAGUGUAAUUAUGGUUUCUGGAACCAUUCUUUAAAGAAGGAAAAUAGGUACUAAUAUAUAAAGCUUUUAUAUCCUUUUACAUCUUGAGAAUUUUUGCAGAAGUUCACUAAAAUGCUGACAAACUCCCUUUCAUUUUGCUAACUACCUGUUUACAUUAAAAAGCAAAUAUUUAAAAUACAUAUUACUAUCUGGUAUACAAAAAGCCUAUGUAAUACAGCCAAACCCCUCUAGAAAAUAUUGUAAUGUAAAAAAAGAAAGUUAAGUCUAGUGUAAAUAUUUCCAUAAUCAUCUUAAGCAAAUCAGAAAUACUUUUCUGAAUUGUGUUCAAAGUAAUGAAACUAGUCUUCAGGAGCACAUGCUGAAUUCCUUGAACAGGAAUGCUGUGUGAAGUAUGAGUGUCUGAACUAUGGUCUCUUGCAUGUCUAGAAAUAGGGGAAGAAUGAAUAGGAAAAAAAUAGAGAAAUAGAAAACUAAUAGAAAAAUAGAGAAAAAUGUUGUUUCAAAGGACAGAUUUUGAUUUUGUGGUGGUUGUCUACUUCUAGUACUAUCUUUUACCAACUCUAUUAAUUAUUAUGUAAUACAACUUCUUGAAGUAUUUCUAGCAUCUUUUAAUAUUGGUUUCUCACAACAAACAGCAAUUGCAUUAUCCCGUGCGCUUCUGAAUAUUAAGUCCUAUUGUUGUGUAAUUUUUACAAACUUCCUAAAAAUUGUUUUCUUAGUGAAUUGAGGAUUCUUUAAGGUUCAAAUCUUUUAGAUUCAAAUUGUGGAAGAAAAAAUGCAUGUGAAGAUGUGAACAAAUACUUGGUUCAUUAAAAAUUCUGUUCAAAUUCUUUUUCUAGCUUUAUUGUUUAAAAAAUAGCAUAUAGUUUAAUUCUGGCCAGCAGACAUUAGUUUUGUUUCUUUUCUUCCAGUUGUAAUUUAAAAGCCUGUUUGCUGUCUUACCUUUAAUCGUACUGUUUAAUAAUGAAGAAGGAAUGGUUUUCAGGGAAGAAAGACAGUGGUGAUAUCAGUUCUGCUCUAAACCACUCAAGAGAAAUGCUCUGACUUAAAGUCAGCAACAUGCAGUACCAAGUGUAUGGCUUGCUUUUUUUUUUUUUUUUUUUACUCGGGUUUAUUUGGGAAUAGGAUCCUACAGUUUUAAACAGGCUCAGUGAGAUCUUGGUAUGAUGAGAAGUAUACUGACAUGGAAGAAAACAGAGCCACAAGCUGCUGAGGGUCUCGUUAGAUUUCUAUCUUAGGAGCACUGUCUCAAUUUGAACUGCAAGUUUCAAUACUUUUUACUUUGUCCUAAUUCUGUAGUAAUAAAUAACACUUUUAAACAGUUGUGAGCAGCACUUACUAUGCGCAACAUGAAAAGGCCACACAAUUUAAGCACCAGUUAAAAAAAAUUCUGCCAUUUUGCUUGAAUUAACAUAACUGCAUAAUUCAAAUGCUCCUCAAUGAUGAGUCACCAAAUGCAUCAUUUUAAUUUUAUUUAAAAUAUAAGUAAUAUUACUGUGGGCUUGUGUUUUCAUAAAUAAAAAUAUUAGAGGUUUGUUUGUAAUAAUUUCUGAAUGGCACUGAAAAAAUACAAUAAAUGAUCAUUUGGAACAUCAUGUUUUACAUAGAGUGGCUCAGAAUAUUUUUUCUAUUUAUCAGUGGGAAAUACAGUUUCCUUAAAACUGAUGGGUUUUUUAAGAAAAAAAAUCUCCUUCUUUCAUGAAAAUAAAAAAUUGAAGGUGUUGAUUUAGAAAGUCAGGCAAUUCCAAAACAAAAUUAUUUCAUGUGUCAAAUUGACUACAAUAUUUUAUUUCAGGUUGUCAAGCAGAAAUGUGUGUCCGGUCUCACAAGAAUUACAGUACAAUUUCCUCAACCCAUCAUUCUCUGCAUUGUUCUCUCUCUUUAGACAGCCUUUUCUGUGAUACCCUUCUGUCCUGCAACUCUGAAACAGUGCUUCAGAGGAGCUAUAAAUUAAUGCUGGACUACAAGCCACAGAGAGAAGGACAGCAGAAGUCUCUAGAAACACGGUAUUUGGGCAGCACAGGCAUCACAGGUACAUUCAGUGCAUAUUGGUCAGAAUGAGUUGAACCAAGGAAAACACUUUGGUUCUAAAAUCAAAUUUCUUUCUAAUAUUCCAGAUCGGUGUUCACGACAAUAAUUAUUUUUUGUACAGAGAUUUUUUUCAAAAAUUUUUAUCUGAACUCAGUAAAGUACUGCUUUGAAAAACAGUAUCAUGUAUUAAGCAAAUGUCAUCUAAUCUAUCAUUUUAUUUUACCUUAGCACUUUGACAUCUUAUUUCUGCAGUUUCAUACAGAAUGAUUAUGGGCACUCAUACAUAUUUCAGAUAAUGAUUUCAGUGUCUUUUCAGGAAGUUAAAAGAAAAGAAUGUCCAUCUUCAAAUUUAUAGCAACUUUGCUAUCAGUCUGAUGAUGCUGCCAAUUCCAGUGCAACAAAGAUAAUGUAUCAUUUCUCUUUAGUGUAUUUAGAACCUGCCUAAACAGAAAUGAACCAAAGCUAUGUUACACAUCAGUUUUUAUGCUCAAGCAACUUGAGCUGAAAUAUAUGGGAGUACUGAUACAAGUCAAAAAUGGGUCAAUAGAAAAUGUUAUUUAAUAUUCCAAGCGCGCUUAAAUUUUUGAAAAAGGAGAAUAUGACAAAAUUACAACUGAUGGCAGUGUUAGAUGCAUGUUUGUAUAAAGAUGAAUCUGUCAUGCUUUCUUAUUGUGACCAUAUGUUAAAUAGCAUCUUGUAAUUCAGGAUACAGUGAAAUAAGUUAUGAAAAAGAACAGUCACAAAAUGACAACUUAGGAAACAAAAGCUGCUUAGUUGACACCCGUCACAUAUCCUGACUUCUGAUGUUCCUCAUGUGCUCUUGGGCUUACGUGCAAAUUCAGAUAGUUGCCAGUUUAAUUUUUUAUUUUUUCUACUUUUUGGGAAAGCUCUAAAGAACAACAACAAAAGCAACAACAAAAAAUAUUAUUACUAUUUACUUACUAAUUACUAUUACUACCCUAUUAUAUUAGGCUUCCUUGCAGAUCCUUCAUUAAAGAUUGGUUUCAAGCCAGUCAAAAUCUAGGUAAAACAAAUGAGUUUUUUACCUGCAGGCUUUGAUUUUACAGUUUUCCAGUACCAAAGAUCUAGGCAAGGGUCUGUUCCUCUGCCAGUUACUGCAGGCUCAGGCUGUCAGGGAGGUGAAUUGUGACACCAGAACAGGACUCAAGAGACAAAGGCUCCCCAGGAUUCCCUACAGGAUCUUGGUAAGUUGUUUAAUUUUUCUGAAUUUUCAAUAAAUUUUCUUUGAAAAGGGGAAUUGCAAAUUAAUCUCUUCCCCUUAGGAAUAUGAUUACAAAUUCAUCAAUGACUGCAAGAUGCUCAGGCGUUAAGGUGUUUUGGUAACCCCCAUAAAUACGUUGUCAGCCAUGUGCCUGAAGCACAUAUGCAGAGGGACAUCUGGAGUCUUUGAUGUUGAAUGUCUAUUAUAUGAAUGCUAUUUGACUGUAAAAUCCACUCUAGAUCAAAUGUUUGAAUAUAAAUAGCAAAAUAACAGCUAUUGGACAUGCAAAAUUUAUAAAUACUAGUAGGAAAGUAAUGCUUUUCUUGUGUUGUUUCUGGAUAUGUACAUCUGGCUUUUAUCGUUUUGACCUUCUUAGUUAAUAUAUAACUGAAUAAAAGACACCAUGGUAAGCUGUAAGCACCCCAAGAGCCUUAGAAAGGGACUGGGAAAAUUCAUGUGUAACAGGUCAACAAAUACAAACUAAACUGGAAUAAAGGGGGAAAAGAGAGGGGGAAAAAAUUCUAAUUCUGGGAAGUGCUUUAGACCACAGCACCAUCCAUUCAAGAAAUUAAAGAAAAAAUAAGUGCACACAAAGUUAUAAGGUCAGAGUUUACAGCAACCUUCCAGUACCUGGAGAGGGCCUACAAGAGAGCUGGAGAAGAACUUUUUACAAGGGCAUAUAGUGAUAGACAAUGAAGAGUGGCUUUAAACUGAAAGAGGGUUUAGAUUAGAUAUUAGUAAGAAAAUCUUUAUUGUGACAGUGAUGAGACACUAUGCCCCAUCCCUGGAAAUGUUCAAAGCCAGGCUGGUUGGGGCUUUGAGUAACCUGAUCUAAUGGAAGGUGUCCCUGCCUCUUUUUGCAGGGCUGCUCUCUGGUCUUUCCUCUCCCAGUUUAUACUUGUGAUCAAUUUUACUCCAUCCCAGGUACAGAAUCCACCAUUUCAACUUGUUAAAUUUUAUUCCAUUAAUCACUGCCCAAUACUCCAAUCUAUCUAGAUCUCUCUGCAAGUCAUCCCAUCCAGGGAGCUGAAACUAGAUGAUCUUUAAGGUCUUAAGAUUCUGUUAUUCUACAUCCCCAAUCACUAAUAAACAGCACCUAACUACAUCAGCAGCCCCUCUCAUGUCACCAGGAGAUGCUGAAUAGGAAAGCCUGGUGCUUUAAAGGACUGGAGCUCACUGUCCCAUCUAACUUGCUUAUGUUUUAUUCAGUCAAACUUGAAUAAUGCAAAUGCAAACUGAAGAGAUCAGUUCAACAGAUCAAUUCUAGCACUAUCUUUCCUGACAAAUGGCCAUCCUAACCCUAAGAAUUUCCAGAAAGGAGGAUUCAACAAGCUCCCAGUUGUCUUUUUGCUCCUACUGGAAAGUUCAACUGAUAGUUUACUUAAAUCUUCCUUUACUGCAAUUUGUCAUUCUUUGCAAAUGCAGAGAGCACAUAAGUCCUUUCUAAUGUAACUUUUAGAAAUCACGGACUCAAAAUCAGGGAUUGGUUUGGAAGGCUUCUUAAAAGAUUUUCUAGUCCAGUCUCUCGGGCUUGUGAUUAGUGCCUUAGUGAAGUUUCCUCCAGUUUCCAGCCUAAACUUCAGGUCAGUUGAUAUCUGGCUUUCUGCCUGCAUUGUUCUUCAGUUGGAGCCCUCUUUUCUUUGCUAAACCAGCCCUUUCUAAGGUUACCUACCGACAUAGCGCAGAGGCACACACAAUAGUUUUACAUUUAUUAGCUCAUAUGCCUCAGUUGUUACAGGAAAAAUAAUAGAAUAAUACUCUUUUUCUUCUGAGACUGGGAAUAUCACAUUCCUGACUCUACAGUCCCUGAAAACUUACACUGUACCAUUGCAGCUAAGACUGGACUUGACAGAUUAGAGUAAGAACAGCAGAUUUUUUCCAAGGCGCAACUUUUCAAAAUUAUCUUUCUGUUGAAUACAGUUCAGUUGUUCAGCACUGAUGAAAAUUCACAGACCAAAAGGAGGCUAAUAUUUCUACUUAUGCCCAACACAAGUAUAAUAUGGGAAAGGAGUGGUUGCAGAGCAGCCUGCAGAGGGGGAUUGGGGGUGUUGGCUAGCAGGAGGCUCAGUGGGAAUCAGCAUUGCCCUGGCAGCCCUGAGAGCAACCCUCAACCUGGGGUACAUCAAACACAGCACACCCAGUCAGUCUUAAAAGGAAAUUAUUCCAUUGUGUUCAGUGUUGGUGUGACCUCACUUGGAGCACUGUGUGCCCCACACAACCUAAGAACGAUGUGAAGGUCUUUAAUGUGUCCAGAGGAGAACAACUAAGCUGGUGGAAGGAAUGUUCUAGGAGAAGUGUCUGAGGACUGUGGGUUUGUCUAGCUUCGAGAGAAGAAGGCUAAGGGGCAGCCUCUUUACUUCCUACCUCUCAAAAAGAAGUGAAGAGGGAGGGGUUGAUCUAUUCUCCCUGCUACCCAGUGACAAGACCUGUAAGUUCUACCAGGGGAGUUUCAAACUGGACAUCAGGAAGCAUUUCUUUAAUGAGAGGCUUAAUGAGAGUUAAAACACUGGAACAGGCUUCCUGGAGAGAUGGUUGAU